GUUGUUUCUUAUUAUUCCACAGACAAAAACAAGUCGUGUAAACCACGAAAAUUUCUGCCAUUAAAGAGCAAUUUGACAUUUGGCAUUCGAACAGAUCAUUGUGUCCGUUCUGCAGAAAGCAUGUCGAAUCGUUCCGCAGUUUCUCAGCUGACAUUACGAUAACGCAAAAAAACAAGGGGAAUAUAUUUUCGACCGAGUUCGAAAACCAACAUCAGUGAAUUCAUUUGAUCUGACCCCGACAUCAUGAAGGAAGCUGAGCUUCGAGUUUUGGAUCGGAGUUCUCAUCCGAAGACCCGAGAUGCCCGGAUUCUUUGCCACAGGGACAAAACAAUCCACAACGAUGUCCUUACGGUCUCUACGCUGAACAGCUUUCAGUUACGAUGGGCGCCUUUCGACCUGCCCGUGAGCUCAGCAGUUGACUUCGUGGACGGCCUGAAUACUAUUUGUGGCGCCGGCGACCCCAGGACCAGAAACGGCGUCUGCGUGAUCGGCUUUCACGUGCCCCAGGGAGACGAACAGAAGGACUUGGUUUUAUCGGAUCCGGCCUUCGGUAGUCCAUUCACCAUUCCGGAAACUGCCACGAAGAAACAUCACUCACGACUGGGGCUCGCAAGAUGUCACUCCGAAUCAGGUAGAUUACGAUGGGCGCCUUUCGACCUGCCCGUGAGCUCAGCAGUUGACUUCGUGGACGGCCUGAAUACUAUUUGUGGCGCCGGCGACCCCAGGACCAGAAACGGCGUCUGCGUGUACGUCUACUGCUGCAACGCGUCCAUGAUCAAUAGAUGCAUGUACAAUUCCGACGGGGACUUCCUCAUUGGGAUGAAGUUCAGCGUCAGCAUCGAGGAACCAUCCCGAGGAUACGUGCUGGAAAUAUUCGACGGACACUUCCAGCUCCCGAAUCUAGGUCCCAUAGGAUCGAAUGGCCUGGCGCAACCGAGAGACUUCCUCACGCCGAUGGCAAAAUUUGAAGACAUUGAGGCAGAUUUCGCAGUGGUGAGCAAGUUCCAAGGACAAUUAUUCCAAGCCACGCAAGGUCACAGUCCCUUCGACGCGGUAGCCUGGCAUGGCAACUACGUACCGUACAAGUACGACCUGGCAAAGUUCGUGGUGAUCAAUUCCGUAUCGUUCGAUCACUGCGACCCGUCGAUUUUCACGGUACUCACUUGUCCAUCGACGAAACCCGGAGUUGCGAUCGCAGAUUUCGUGAUCUUCCCGCCUCGUUGGUCAGUUCAACAACACACUUUCCGGCCUCCUUACUAUCACCGUAAUUGCAUGAGUGAGUUCAUGGGGCUCAUAUACGGGAAUUACGAGGCUAAGGAAGAGGGAUUCCUGCCUGGAGGAGCAUCGCUUCAUUCCAUGAUGACUCCACACGGUCCAGACGCGGCUUGUUUCGAAGGAGCAUCAAACUGCUUCCUACGACCCGAAAGAAUAGCAGAUGGAACACAAGCAUUUAUGUUUGAAACAUCUCUGAGCUUGGCUGUCACAACCUGGGCCCUUCACGGAAGCGGGAAAUUGGACGACGAUUAUUACUCGUGCUGGCAAGGAAUUCGAUCCCAUUUCCGGGAAAGCUGGCGACCCGAGGACGACGAGAUGCGAUAAAUUCUUCCGGGAGUUCCGUAAAAUCAGUGCAAUUUAAUUUUAUUCGAAAGCAAAAUAUUUCAGAGGGAAUCAAAGGAUGCAUGCAGCAGUUGACUCAGAUGAAUCACAUACGGAAAAAGAGCAGUUGAACCUGCAUGACGAGCAAAUGAUGAUUAUACUGAUCCAAGGAUCACAAUAGCUUGGAGAGUGAAUGAAAUACCAGGCAUCUUUUUUUUACGAGCAAAA